GGCUCGCCGGCCAGUCGAUCGCGGCAGUCGAGUGAGUCCGGCUGCAAGGUGAUGACGCUCCAAUGACUUCGCCACGGAAUCACAUCAGAAUCGUUCUCGGCCUCUGGUUGGUGGCGCUGUCGCUGGUCUGGGGCCAGGGCAACGUCGUCUUCGACAUGCUGGAGAUCUACCGGCGCGGGCAGCGGCAACUGGACCUGGAGAACCUGGACGAGGGCCAGGCGCUGGCCGCCAAAUAUGAUUUCAUAGUGGUUGGCGCCGGCACGGCGGGCUGUGCCCUGGCCGCCCGCCUCUCCGAGAACGCCAAGUGGCGCGUGCUGCUCCUGGAGGCCGGCGGGCCCGAGAACUAUGCCAUGGACAUACCCAUCGUGGCGCACCUCCUGCAGCUGGGCGAGGUGAACUGGAAGUACCGCACGGAGCCCUCCAACAGCUACUGCCUGGCCAUGAACGACAGGCGCUGCAACUGGCCGCGUGGCAAGGUGAUGGGCGGCAGCUCGGUGCUCAACUACAUGAUGUACACCAGGGGCAACCGCAGGGACUACGACCGCUGGGCCAGGCUGGGCAAUCCCGGCUGGAGCUACGAGGAGCUGCUGCCCUACUUCAGGAAGUACGAGGGAAGUUCCGUGCCCGAUGCCGAGGAGCGCCUGGUGGGUCGCCAGGGACCGGUGAGGAUCAGCUAUUCGCAGACGAAAACCCAGAUUGCCGACGCCUUCGUUCGCGCCUCCCAGGAUGCGGGCCUGCCCCGUGGCGACUACAACGGGGAGUCGCAGAUCCGGGUCUCCUAUCUGCAGGCCAACAUCUACAAUGAGACGCGAUGGAGCUCGAACAGGGCCUAUCUCUAUCCCAUCAAGGGAAAGCGCCGGAAUCUGCAUGUGAGGAAGAACGCCCUGGUCACCAAGGUGCUCAUCGAUCCGCAGACAAAGACCGCCUUCGGGGUGAUGGUGAGGGUGGGCGGCAAAUCGCUGAAGAUCCUGGCCAGAAGGGAGGUCAUCCUGUCGGCGGGAGCCAUCAACACGCCGCAGCUGCUGAUGCUCUCGGGCGUGGGACCCGCCAAGCAUCUCCGCGAGAUGGGCAUCAAGCCGCUGGCCGACCUGGCCGUGGGCUACAACCUCCAGGAUCACAUUGCGCCGGCGGUGAGCAUGCUGUGCAACGUGACUUCCCUGCAGGUCAGUGACAUGUUCAACGUGGAGGCGAUGGCGCAGUUCCUCCAGGGACGCGGCGUUCUCCGGAUACCCGGCGGCGUGGAGGCCAUAUCCUUUUACGCCCUGGACGACUCGCGGAAUCCCGAUGGCUGGGCGGACAUGGAGCUCUUCGUGGUCGGAGGUGGGCUGCAAACGAACAUGGCCCUGCGGCUGGCACUGGGCAUCCAGUCGGACAUCUACGAGAGCAUGUUCGGGGAGCUGGAACGCCAGAGUGCCAACGGCUUCCUGAUCUUCCCCAUGAUCCUGCGGGCCAAGAGCCGGGGGCGCAUCAAGCUGAAGAGCCGGAAUCCCGAGGAGCAUCCCCGGAUCUAUGCCAACUACUUUGCCAAUCCCUAUGACUUGAACAUCACGGUGCGGGGCAUUGAGCAGGCAGUGAGCCUGUUGGACAAGCCCGCCUUUAGGGCGAUUGGAGCCAGGCUGCUCGAGAAGCGCAUCCCCGCUUGCGCGAGGUACAAGUGGAGGAGCAGCGCCUACUGGGCCUGCUACGCCCGCCACUUCACCUUCACCAUCUACCACUACUCGGGAACGGCCAAGAUGGGUCCCCGGGCGGAUCCCUCGGCGGUGGUGGACGCCCGUCUGCGGGUCCACGGCAUCGAGAACCUGCGCGUGGUGGACGCCAGCAUUAUGCCCUACCUGAUCUCGGGUCAUCCGAAUGGACCGGUGUACCUAAUAGCGGAGAAGGCGGCCGACAUGAUCAAGGAGGAUCACAACUUUGUGUGAGGGGAGCUAUGCUUAGAGUAUCAUAAUCAGUCUGGGGCUGAUCUUUGGUCCUUAACUACUAACUAUGUACAUAUAUUCCUUGCUUCGAGUGAUUUCUAGUGCAUUAAAGAUGAACAUACAGUACAAAUUA